AUGGAACACAGUUCGAUGGUAAGAUCUUCAGAAAGUUUUGUGCCGACCUCAGAAUCGAGAAUCGAGUAUAGGAACUCUUCUCCAGGGUACCCGCAGAGUAAUGGACAGGCAAAAGCAUCAAACAAAACCAUCAUCAACGGAGUAAAGAAGCAGCUUGAACAUGCAAAACGCAAAUGGAUUGAAGAGUUACCUCACGUAUUAUGGGCCUACCGAACCACAGCACGGCGUUCAACGGGGGAAACACCUUAUUCCCUAACUUAUGGAAUGGAGGCCAUCAUCCCACUUGAAGUAGGUUUCCCAACCUUUCGGUCUGAAUUAUUUGAAAGCUCCAGUAACGAGAAAGCUAUUGCACAAGCACUGGAUAUGGCAGAGGGCCGAAGAGAAGCAGCACUGAUCAGACUUGAAGCGUAUCAGCAGUAG